GGGUGUCAUGGGCGGCCGCAACAAGAAGCAGCGGGCGGGCAGCGCGGCCCACACCGCCUCCGCUGCCACCGCCGCCGCGCGGGCCCGGGCCGCUGCGGAGGCUGGAGCUGCUGCUGCCGCGGAGGCGGGCAGCCGAGCGGCGCCGCGGCCGCCGCCCGUCUCCAAGGAACCGCGUGUCAAGCAAGGUCCGAAAACUUACAGUUUUAGUUCAACAACAGAUUCCAGUGCUGCCGCAAAUCUAGAUAAAUCCGUUCUUAAGGUGAUGAUAAAUGGUAAAUUGGAGAAACGUAUUAUUGAUGUAAUCAAUGACCAUAAAAAACAAAACGAUGAUAAAGGAAUCAUUUCCAAAAGACUUACUGCGAAGAAACUACAGGAUGUAUACAUGGCUUUACAAAGAUUCUCUUUUAAGACUGAGCAUAUUGAAGAAGCAAUGAAAAACACACUUUUGUAUGGUGGUGAUCUUCACUCUGCACUUGAUUGGCUUUGUUUAAACCUUCCUGACGAUGUCUUGCCUGAAGGUUUUAGCCAGCAGUUUGAAGAGCAGCAACAGAAACCUAGAGCAAAAUUUUGUUCUCCUGUGUCACGUGAACCGCCACCUCGUGUAGUAGAUAGCAAAAAGAAGGAAAAAGUCCCUGAAACUAAGGAUACAAAAGCGGGGAAAGAGAAAGAAGUGAGUAUGAAGGAAUGGAUUUUGCGAUAUGCUGAGCAGCAGAGUGAUGAAGAGAAGAAUGAGUCUGUGAAAGAGGCAGAUGAAGAAAAGUUUGACCCAAAUGAGAGGUAUGUACAUCUGGCUGCCAAGCUUUCAGAAGCAAAAGAACAAGCAAGCACCUCCAAGCAAGACAAAGAUAAGCAAGGCCAGAAAGUAGCACAGGAGAAAAUAAGAAGAAUUCAGCAAGAAAUGGCAAUACUUGAAGAACAUCCAGUAUUUAAUCCAGCUAUAAAGAUUUCAAACCAACAGCAAAAUGAAAAGAAAAAAACUCCCUCACCUCAGCCUCAAGAAACCCCUUUGAAUUUGAGCUUGCUUGAAAAACCUGAUGGUGCUGCAAAGGAAGACAAAGUGAAAAAGAAAGAACCGCUAGAUGUAAGAAACUUUGAUUAUAGUGCUCGAAGCUGGACUGGUAAAUCUCCAAAACAAUUUUUGAUUGACUGGUGCAGGAAGAAUUUUCCCAAGAGCCCAAAUCCUGGUUUUGAAAAGGUUCCGGUUGGAAAAUAUUGGAAAUGUAGGGUCAGGAUUACAAAAUCGUCAGAUGAUGUAAUGACAAUGUGUCCUACAAUUGUAACAGAAGAUAGCAUGCAGGCACAGCAUCUUGCUGCUACUUUGGCACUCUAUCAUUUAACCAAAGGACAAUCAGUUCAUCAGUUACUGCCUCCUACCUACCGAGAUGUCUGGCUAGAAUGGAGGGAUAUUGAAAAGAAAAAGGAAGAAGAAAACAAGAUGGAAACCAACAAACCCCGUGAUAACUUUAUUGCUAGAUUAUUAAACAAACUCAAACAACAGCAACAGUUGCAGUCUGAAAACCAACCGAAAGUAUCUGAGGGUCCUGAAGAUUCCUGGGAAAACUUAGUUUCUGAUGAGGACUUUGGCAGUCUCUCCCUUGAGACCUCAGACGCAGAUAAUUUGGAACCUUCAAGGAUUUUGUUCAAAAAGUUGCAAAGUUCCUCCAGAUACCAGAGGCUUCUGAAGGAGAGACAGGAGUUACCUGUGUUUAAGCACAAAUACUCAAUUGUAGAAACUCUUAAAAAACAUCGAGUAGUUGUUGUGGCUGGUGAAACAGGCAGUGGGAAGAGCACCCAGGUGCCCCAUUUCUUGUUGGAAGACUUGUUGCUAGAUGAAGGGUCAACUAAAUGCAAUAUUGUUUGCACACAACCCCGAAGAAUCUCAGCAGUGAGUCUGGCAACCAGGGUUUGUGAAGAGCUAGGCUGCGAAUCAGGACCAGGAGGAAAAAAUUCCCUUUGUGGAUAUCAAAUUCGUAUGGAGUCAAGAACAGGAGAAGCCACAAGACUACUGUACUGUACAACAGGUGUCCUGCUUCGGAAACUUCAAGAAGAUGGUCUUCUUUCAAGUAUAUCUCAUGUCAUUGUAGAUGAGGUGCAUGAAAGAAGUGUCCAAUCUGAUUUCUUGCUAGUUAUUCUGAAGGAGAUCUUGCAUAAACGUUCAGACCUGCAUCUGAUUUUAAUGAGUGCUACUGUAGACAGUGAGAAGUUUUCCAGCUAUUUCUCACACUGUCCCAUUUUAAGAAUCUCUGGGAGGAGUUACCCUGUUGAGAUUUUCCAUGUUGAAGAUGUAAUUGAAGCAACUGGCUAUGUUCUGGAGAAAGACUCAGAAUAUUGUCAGAAGUUCUUGGAGGAGGAGGAGGAAGUAACAAUAAAUGUUACUAGCAAAGGAGGAGGCACUACAAAGUAUCAGGAGUAUGUCCCAAUCCAGUCUGGAUCUGGUAUCGAUUUGGCUCCUUACUAUGCCAAGUAUAGCAGUCGUACACAGCAGGCUAUCUUCUAUAUGAACCCUUACAAGAUCAACCUUGAACUUAUUUUGGAGUUGCUUGCAUAUUUAGAUAGAAGUCCCCAGUUCAAGAACAUUGAGGGUGCUGUGCUGAUCUUUUUACCAGGCCUUGCCCAUAUCCAACAGCUGUAUGAUCUCAUCUCAACUGACAGAAGAUUUAACUUGCGUGACAGGCACAGGCUGAUAGCUUUGCAUUCUGUUCUUUCAACUCAAGAUCAAGCAGCUGCAUUUACAAUACCUCCUCUUGGUAUUAGAAAGAUUGUUUUGGCAACCAAUAUAGCAGAGACAGGUAUUACGAUACCAGAUGUUGUCUUUGUAAUUGAUACUGGCAGAACAAAAGAAAAUCGGUAUCACGAAAGUAGUCAGAUGAGUUCCCUGGAGGAGACCUUUGUUAGCAAGGCUAGUGCUCUGCAGAGGCAAGGAAGAGCUGGGCGUGUCAGGGACGGAUUCUGCUUUCGAAUGUACACAAGAGACAGGUUUGAAAGUUUCAUGGAAUAUUCUGUUCCAGAAAUACUGCGUGUGCCUUUGGAGGAAUUAUGCCUUCAUAUUAUGAAAUGCAAUCUCGGCUCUCCUGAAGAUUUCCUUUCCAGAGCAUUAGACCCACCACAGCAGCAAGUAAUUGGUAAUGCAAUGAACCUGUUGAGGAAGAUUGGGGCUUGUCUGUUCAGCGAGCCCAAACUGACUCCAUUAGGCCAGCACCUCGCCGCCCUUCCUGUCAAUGUAAAGAUUGGCAAAAUGCUUAUAUUCGGUGCUAUAUUUGGCUGCUUGGAUCCUGUGGCAACUCUGGCUGCUGUUAUGACAGAAAAAUCCCCAUUUACUACACCAAUUGGUCGAAAAGAUGAAGCAGAUCUUGCAAAAUCAUCUCUAGCAGUGGCAGUUUCAGACCAUAUAACAAUCUACAAUGCUUAUCUGGGGUGGAAAAGGGCUCGACAGGAAGGGGGGUAUCGUGCUGAAAUGACUUACUGCAGAAGGAAUUUCCUUAAUAGGACUUCACUCUUAACUCUGGAGGAUGUGAAGCAAGAGCUCAUAAGGGUGGUCAGAGCAGCAGGGUUCACAGCACCUACAACGCAAUGUGGAUGGGAUGGAAAUGGAGCCACACAAUCCCUUUCUCUCCAUGAAAUAGCUCUUCUUAAAGCUGUGUUGACUGCAGGGCUGUAUGACAAUGUAGGAAAAAUACUGUAUACAAAGUCUGUGGAUAUUACAGAGAAGCUGGCUUGCAUGGUAGAAACUGCUCAGGGUAAAGCACAAGUGCAUCCCUCCUCUGUAAAUCGAGACUUACAGACAUACGGAUGGCUCCUUUACCAGGAAAAGGUGAGGUACAGUAAGGUGUAUUUGAGAGAGACUACUUUGAUAUCCCCCUUCCCUAUUUUGCUUUUUGGUGGGGAUAUAGAAGUCCAGCAUCGGGAGCGCCUCCUAACAGUUGAUGGCUGGAUCCAUUUUCAGGCUCCUGUAAAGAUAGCGGUUAUUUUCAAGCAGCUGAGAGUUCUCAUUGAGUCUGUUUUAAAGAAGAAGCUUGAAAAUCCUAAAAUGUCACUUGAAGAUGACAAGGUCUUGCAUAUCAUCAAAGAACUGAUAAAAACAGAGAAUGGUAACUGAGAAACCAGCGCUUCAGAAAUGACAGAGGAAAUAUGCACUCCAAUGUUAAUUGAAAGUAUUUAAAUGCUUAGUGUGGUUGAUACGAGCCAUGAUGUGGAAAGAUUGCAUGAUUUUGCAUAGGAUUUACCUUUCUCUCUAUAAUUUUUAAAGGUGAACACUGAAUAUGUUUUUAGCCUUUACAAUACAUUUGGUGCCAUUUGUCUGACUACAAAUGAUGGAUGGAAACAGUUUCCUUUCAUAUAAAAAUGGCUGUGGCCAAUUUUUUUUUUUUUUUAAAUGUACUAAUCAUACCAUCACUGGUGGUGCAGACUGUAGUAAUUAUUAGAGAUUAGGUCCUGAAUCUCAGCUGAGUAGAAUUCAAUUAGAUGUGUGCAAAUGGAACAAAAAUGUUCUUAUGGGGAUAUCUAAAGUGGUAAUUUUUUUGAUCUAUGAAUUUACAGUAUUAAAGCAAUACAUCUUAUAGAUGUCUUCAUUUUUUCUGUAUGGUUUACAUUAAGAAGAUGCUUUAUAAGGAAAUAGAUGGACUGCUGUGAACAGGUGCUCAGCUCUACAGGUGCACUGGACCAGCAGCCCCUCCCCAUCCUCUGCCUGUUCCCACACUUGUUCCUCUCUAUUCACCCUGAUUAUUGUCUCUUCUGGCUGCUGUAAUAAGUGUUGCUGUCCCUUUCCUUUAAGCCCCUUCAGAUAAUGAUUGUGUUUUUUCCCUGUUCAUUGAUCAGAGUUCAGGUUGACCCUCUUUAUGGCUAUACCAGAGCAGUUCCUUUAAUGGCUGAUCAAUCAUUGGCUGAACCCUUCUGGUCUUCAUUAUUCUCCUUUAUCAUUGUUCAUAAUGUUACUUAUUUCUUUUACACUGAAUAUUCCUUAACUAGAUAACUUAACGAACCAAAUGCUUUUACAUUCCACCUAUCCACACCAUUUAUAAUUGUGAAAUGAAGUUUUUAGAUCACCAACUCUGCUUUCAAGAAUGAGGAAUAUUUGGGGGGAAGCAUUAGACAAUUGCAGUCAGGUAGGAACUCUGUGUGCACAGGCAGAGGAUAGUGUGGAAGAUAAUAUUUUUUUUUUUAAACUGUGCAGCAAAGGUUAAUAGUGUACAAAAAGGGAACUGAGGAAAAUGCAUGAAAAUACAAAUACGUGGAGUUGUCCAGUUAGACUAUCAUAGCAGAACUGGUGCUGCUGCACUAGAGAGAGAAACAUAAAGUAAAACAGCUUGUGCACAUUACCCUACACGCAGUUCUGGGAGAGGCAGGUUCUCCUAAUAGUUUGCUAAGAACUCUGAGGGAAACGUGGUGAUGUCUGUUAUCCGUUUAUGAAUUGUGAUAAACUAGUGGUAGUUCUGGUUUCCUAGAAGAACCAGGAAGUGGGGAUUUUUUAAUUCAAAAGUAGACAAUGUUUAUGCAAGGAAGCAUUUAAGCUGUUAAAUUUUGAUCUUAAGAUCUCGGUUUUGCACUCUGUGUUCCCAGACACUUCUUCCAUGUCAGAGGCACAGAAGUAGAAACCUGCAAACUAUGUUCCUUGAAGAUAAAAAUUAAAUCUGCACCCUAAACAAUUUUCUAGAUUUUGUUCUAGUUGAGGUCUUAAACUUAAAUCUUUUGGAAUUAAUUAGAAGUACAAUUCAGUAAUCCAACAACUAACAAGCUCCUGUUUCUUUUGGAUUUGAAUUUUGCAUAUCAGUUAUUGGGUUUAAAUGGCUAAAUGCUAGUGAAAGUGUGCAUUGUCCCCCCCAGUUCUUCUCAGUUAUUUAACUGUGCUGAUUAGAGAGGUUUUGUUCCAUUUAUGUAUGGUAAUGUUGAAAUUCAGAGGCAUUCUUUGUGUUACUCCAGCAUGCCCUGCUCUGUAAUCUUUUAAAGUAAUAGCUUCUUUCAAUUGUUAUUAAGGGGAUAUAUUGAAAAUUGCACAUUCUCCUGAGUGAUGAAUUUUUCUGCGAAACAGGUCACACUGUGGUAUACAGAUAAGCACAGUUACCUUAAAAUCGUAAACGAAGACUACAGUGGCUUUCUGCUUCUGCAGUGUACUUGAGCAGCUCUUGUGCCUGUGCUCUUCUGGGUGGGUGAACUUUCUCUUUGGUUUCAUUUAUUUAAUAAAUAACCUCUGUUAA